AUGGCCUCCCGCGCGUCCAUGCUCUUGGAUCCCAAGGGCUACAAGAAACAACUUCAGCAACAGGGUAAUGAUUCCUUUUAUCCUUUCCCACCCUACUCUGACGCCACGAAAACCUCUCUGUUACCGCCAGAAACCAGUCCGGUGUUGCAGAUUGAGACUCAAGAAGAGCCACCGGCGUCUUUGUCGCUUUCUCCUUCACAUCCCUCGACUUUGAACUCGCUUGAACCCCACGGCUCACUUCUUCCUCUCUCAGGCCCUUCGAGUACAAAUAUCUCUACGCGCCCUUCCGUCCCCUCCAUCGCGCCACCGGGAACCUCCCCGGCUGUGCAAUUUUCCGCCACCAUUCCGCGCAAGCUGUCACCCAAGGACAUGCCUGUGACAUCGAGUCCCGCGCCGAGUGACGGGCCGAACCCGGAAUCGAACGUGACCGUGAUGUUCACCAGUGCUAAAGACGAUGACAAUGAGAGCGAUGCUAAGAGAAGCUACCAUGACAUGAGUGAGGACGAUGAGCGAGUACGUCCCCGCAGCAUGAUCGAGGAUAUUUACGGCGUCGAAGAACGCCGUCACCAACCGGUCAAAAAAAUGAAGGUGGAGGACACAUCCAAGCCCGGGACACCCAGUCAUCAGGUCAGGAAUACGGACAGUAGGGACCUGGGGGAGUUUAUGAGAAGAGAACGGACAAAUCACACCCCAUCUUCAGCUGCCGUGGGUGUUGUGGAUUUGACAGUGACCCCUCCGAAUGACAACGAUGAUGACGACCUUCAAUUCACGGGCAUCAAUGACCUCAGCACCCAGCGCGUUUGUUAUGGCAAGAUUGAAGGGGCUACGAUCCAGGCCAGCUUGGUGCCAACCCCAAGUUCCAUAUCACAUUUUCCUAAUCAGUGGCCCAUUAUCAGACUCAAUUUGCGCCGUGACCCAGAGGCAAAAGACUUCCGUAUUGCAGUCGCGGAUUCCCAUGGCAUUGUCUUCGGCUUCGUUGACCCAAGAACUGCUAAGGCCCUCUGUCCAUUACUUGACCAUCCCAAGAUACCGCUAGACAUCGCGGCGCGAUUAGACCCCCGGAUAAUCUUGCCAAAUGAGAUCCCCGGGCAACCUAUAUCGACUACUUAUCGGGCUUCGCUGAUUUUGUAUGGAGAGCGUCAAAGGGCACAGUAUGUUGGCCAACAUCUCAGUCAAAAUAAUAUCUGGCUUGGUGUCCCCCCUAUGGUGGAGAAGGGUACUCCGGUAUGGAAUCCCCACGACGAAAGGAGACGAGCACUGGCCGCAGCUGCAGCAACCAAUGGCACUAGCAAUCGUUCAGCGGUGAGAUACGAGACCCGCACAGCAGAAGAAGUCACCGACACAGUGACGAAAAUGUUCAAUCAGCUCGUAAGCGCGGAUGUUCCCAAGAUGGACCCUCCUGAGAGUGUGGUAACGCCUCUUCUUGACCAUCAAAGACAAGCACUGUGGUUUAUGACGGAGAAGGAAAAGCGGCGCAAAUUUGGGCCAGAGGAAGGUGACAAUAAUUCACUUUGGCGCCUCCAACGCGGCUCAAACGGCCAAGAGGAAUACAAGGAGAUCAUCACUGGCGCUGUAUCGGAUAGAGAACCUCUACAGGUCUUCGGUGGCCUGCUGGCUGACAUGAUGGGUCUCGGGAAAACUUUGAGCAUCCUUUCCUUGGUAAUGUCGUCACUGCGAACGGCGUAUGAAUAUGAGAAAAAGGCCCCGCCUAAAUUCCUGACCAGGGAAGUCCCCGGCAUACGAAACACCCGGACAACACUACUGGUGGCGCCCUUAAGUGCAGUGAAGAACUGGACUUUGCAGGUUGAGGAACAUCUGAAACCAGACUCGCUCAAGUUUUAUGUCUUCCAUGGAUCGAAUCGAACCACCAAGUUGAAGGAGCUUGCUAAUUACGACCUCAUUAUCACAACCUACAGCACAGUUCUUAGCGAGCUUUCACCGCGUAAUGCGCGUCCCGGGCGUGAGAGUCCCUUCAGGAAAAUGAACAUGUUCCGUAUCGUUCUGGACGAGGCUCAUGUAAUCCGGGAACAGAACGCUCAGCAGACCAAGGCAAUCCUCAGUCUUCAUGCGCAACGCCGUUGGUCUGUAACCGGAACCCCUGUUCAAAAUCGCCUUGAGGACCUUCAUUCCGUCCUAAGAUUCUUGCGCCUUGCCCCAUACGAUGACGGCACCCAUUUUAGGCAGUUCAUCCUGAGCCGUUUCAAGAAUGGUGACCCCACAGUUCUUACUAGUCUUCGGGUCCUCAUUGAUUCGUUCACACUGCGCCGGGUCAAAGACAGGAUCAAUCUUCCAGACCGAGAGGACCACACAGUUCAUCUUUCUUUCACUGAAAAGGAAGCGCAACUACAUGAGUACUUCCGUACCGAGUCCAACCAAAUGAUGGGUGUCCUUGUCGGCAAAAGCAAGACUAAAAUGGGAGGCCGCAUGUAUCAUCAUGUGCUGAAAGCAAUGAUGCUCCUCCGUCAAGUCAGUGCUCAUGGCAAAGAGCUCCUUGACCUUGAGGAUCGAGAAAGGAUCAAGGGUCUCAGUGUCAACGAUGCCAUCGAUUUGGAGGAGAAUGAAGCAGAUGAUGGCAAUUCAGCUGUCUUGGAGAAAAAGGCGUGUGGAAUGUACACGCUGAUGCAAGAGUCCAACGCCGAUAACUGUGCCAUCUGCGGAGAGCAUCUUGACGAGCCUAUUCGUGGCGGAUCCGGAGAUGUUGAUCGGGAUGCACAGAUGGCCAUUUUUCUGCCCUGCUUCGAUGUACUUUGUCCGUCUUGCUUCAAUGCCUGGUCCGAGUUUCAUGGCACCUCGGACGAACAAGUCCGGUGCAAAGCCUGUGAAGGCUGGAUCCCAAGGGCCUUCACCAUGCUGACACCGGGAAUCCUUGAGGUGUAUACUACCCGACAGGCUGAACAACGGUCCAAUCGCAAGUACGGCAAGGUACUUGGCGAUUACGAGGGACCCCAUACCAAAACCAAGGCCCUGAUCCAAUUUCUCCAGGAAAGCGCUGAUGAAAGCAAAGCUUUGGAGGGAGAGCCACCUAUCAAAAGUGUGGUGUUCUCCGCGUGGACCACCCAUUUGGAUUUGAUUGAGAUUGCUCUCAAGGAGAACAAUCUGGAUUCUUUCACCCGUUUGGAUGGCACAAUGACACUCGCGGCCCGCGGAAAGGCCCUGGAUGCCUUUGCCAAGGACAAUAACAUCACAAUCCUGCUAGCCACCAUCGGCGCCGGCGGUGUUGGACUGAACCUCACUUCCGCAUCCCGGGUCUAUAUCAUGGAACCCCAAUAUAACCCAGCUGCCGUUGCCCAGGCUGUAGAUCGCGUUCAUCGCCUCGGUCAAACACGUCCCGUGAAGACCAUCCAGUUCAUCAUGAAGAACAGUAUUGAGGAGAAGAUUCUAGAGCUGGCGAAGAAAAAACAACACCUUGCCGAUAUGAGUAUGAAUAGAGGCAAGCUGAACAAAGCAGAAGAUCAGGAGCAACGCAUGCAAGAAUAUCGGGGCCUUUUCAAGUGA